AUGGACACAAGAAAGCUAACAGAGAUUUUGCGUGGAACAAUCGAUCCUGUUCAGAGGCUGGCGGCAGAAGAACAGCUUUCCCAGAUCCACAAGAUUAUCGGAUUUGCGCCUUCAUUAUUGCAAGUUGUUAUGCAAAAUGAUGUUCCCAUACCAGUAAGACAAGCUGGUGCAGUAUACCUAAAGAAUCUAAUUAAUUCAGGAUGGCAGGAGAAGGAGCCAGAAAAUGGCGAACCUAUUCCAUUUAACAUCCAUGAGCAAGACCGCUGCAUGGUCCGGGACCUUAUUGUAGAUGCCAUUAUACAGGCACCAGAUAUAAUAAGAGUUCAAUUGUGUGUCUGUCUUAAAACAAUCAUCAAACAUGAUUUCCCUGCUCGGUGGACUCAGAUUGUUGAUAAGGUCAGCAUAUACUUGCAAAGCCCAGAACCGAACACAUGGAUGGGAGCUCUGCUGUCUUUAUACCAGCUAAUCAAAAAUUAUGAAUACUGCAUUGCUGAAAAGAGAAUUCCACUUAAUGAAGCAAUGAAUCUGCUUCUGCCUAUGAUGUACAACUUGAUUGUGAAUCUCCAAGGCGAUCCUUCUGCAGAAUCUGUCCUGAUACAGAAGCAAAUACUCAAAUGUUUCUAUGGCCUAAUAAAGUACAUUUUGCCUUUAGACCUAAUCACAAAGGAUAUAUUUACCAAGUGGAUGGAGGUGUUACGAGUGGUGAUGGAACAACCUGUACCAGAGUCUACUUUGCAAGUCGAUGAGGAUGAACGUAUGGAACUUCCAUGGUGGAAGUGUAAAAAGUGGGCGGUGCACACCUUAUACAGAUUGUUUGAACGGUAUGGCAGUCCAGUAAAUGCACGUGAAGAGUAUGUACAGUUUGCUGAGUGGUACCUUACUACCUUCACUCGUGGAAUCUUGGAAGUCCUGUUGAGAGUAUUAGACCAGUACAGAAACAAAGUGUAUAUUUCACCGAGGGUUCUUCAACAGACAAUCAGCUACAUUGACCAAUGUGUAACCCACGCACAUUCCUGGAAGCUCUUGAAGCCCCAUAUGUUUGCGAUCAUACAAGAUGUGCUGUUCUCUCUCAUGUCAUACUCCGAAGCUGAUGAAGAAUUGUGGAAAACUGAUCCCCAUGAAUACAUAAGAAUAAAGUUUGACAUAUUUGAAGACUUUGUGUCGCCUGUCACUGCCGCUCAAACACUGCUGACAUCUUGCUGCAAAAAGCGCAAAGAUAUGCUGGGACGCACUAUGCAACUGUGCAUGCAAGUGCUGACCAAUCAAAAUUGCGAGUAUGGACCUCGACAGCGUGAUGGUGCCUUGCACAUGGUUGGCACGCUCAAUGAUAUCCUCAUCAAGAAAAAGAUGUAUAAAGAUGAAAUUGACUCUCUUCUGAGCCAGUAUGUUUUUCCCGAGUUCCACAGUCCUCUCGGCUACAUGCGUGCCAGGGCCUGCUGGGUUCUGCACAGUUUUGGCAAUAUCCGUUUUAAGAAUGAUCAGUUGCUUCUCGAGGCCAUCCGAUUAAUCGUUACGGCUCUUCUCAACGACCACGAAUUACCCGUAAAGGUUGAAGCAGCAGUUGCUAUUCAGAUGCUACUGUGUUCGCAAGAGAAAGCUCACAAAUAUUUAGAGCCUCAAGUGAAGGCCGUGACAUCCGAGUUACUGAAGCUAAUUCGGGAGACUGAAAAUGACAACAUAGCGAUUGUACUGCAAAAGAUAGUACCCUUGUACACUGAGCAGUUGAUCGACAUGGCCUACGAGAUCACCGAGCAUUUGGCGACGACAUUUAGCAAAGUAAUUGAGACAGACUUAGGAACCGAUGAGAAAGCUAUUACUGCUAUGGGUCUGCUCAACACCAUGGAGACAGUCCUCACUGUAAUGGAAGAUAAUCCAGAAAUUAUGGCUCAGCUGGAGAAGACAGUGCUUCGUGUGGUUGGACACAUACUGCAUCACAACAUUAUUGAAUAUUACGAAGAAGCCAUGACUCUGCUCUGCAAUUUGACGUCUCGGAACAUUUCGGAGGACAUGUGGAAGGUUCUGGAGAUGCUGUAUCAAGUUUUUGAAAAAGAAGGAUUCGACUACUUCACUGAUAUGAUGCCAGUACUGCAUAACUACAUCACCGUCGAUACAAACGCCUUCUUGUCUAAUGAGAACCAUAUCCUCGCGAUGUUCAAUAUGGUUAAAGGAGUGCUGAACUCAGAUGCUGAAGAUGAGUCAGAGAUAUAUGCGGCCAAACUUCUGGAAGUGAUGGUCUUGCAAUGUUCCGGCAAGAUAGACAACUGCCUGCCCUCCUUUGUGGAGUUGGUGCUCAACCGUCUGACGAGGAAAGUCAACACUUCUGAGCUUAGGACCAUGCUGCUCCAGGUCCUCAUUGCCAUAUUGUACUGCAAUCCCCAACUGUUAUUCACAAUAUUAGACAAGCUGCAGGAGUCUGUGCCCAACGCAUCUAUCACACAGCAUUUCCUUAAGCAAUGGAUCCAUGACACUGAUUGCUUCAUGGGAUUGCAUGACAGGAAGCUGUGCGUCCUCGGAAUUUGCACCCUCUUAGAAAUGGGUCCCCAAAGGCCUAACCUUGAUGAAAUCAUGCCCAAGCUCUUGCCAUCAUGUCUCGUGCUGUUUGAUGGGCUGAAGCGAGCUUACGAAAUCAGGGCAGAGGCUGAUGAGGAGACAUCUUCUGAAGAGGAUGACGAAGAAGAAGACGAAGAAGUAUUGUCGAGUGACGAAGAUGAUCUUGACGAAAUGAACAACGAGUAUCUUGAGAACCUUGCCCGCAUGGCUCUCAAGUCUAGCGAGCUACAGGGCGUCACCAUGACCGCCAAUGUCGAGGAGUAUGAAGAGAGUGACGAUGUGAGUCCACUUGAUGACGACGAUUAUGAGCCAGAGGAUACCGCUAUAGAAUGCUAUACAACUCCUCUUGAUGAGAAGGACUGCGUCAUUGACGAGUAUAUCAAAUUCAAAACUACAUUGCACACGCUCUCGACUACCGAGCCAGCUCUGUACCAUGCCCUCACGAGCGGGCUCAACGAAUUGCAACAGAAGCAGCUAAACGCUGUCUUCGUAUUAGCAGAUCAGCGCAAGGCGCAGCAGGACAGUAAACGCAUUGAGCAAAGUGGAGGCUAUAUGUUCACCGUACCUGCACAGGUGCCAACCAAAUUCAAAUUCGGCUCGUAA